CCAAUUAAAAUAAAAUAAACUCAUACUAUAAUGAUUCAUUGGUUCACUCAGGUGCCGUUUUAUCAAUUAAUGUGUCUAUAUAACUACAUUAGUCUGGUUCAUCUUCCAAAAACAUAGAAACCCUUUGUCCAAGUAUCUUUCUCUCUCACAUCAAAUAUCUUUUUCUUGCACUCAAAGCAAAAUCUUCAUCAUCAUCCUCUCCAAAAGAAUUCAUGUGAAUCUCCCAGAUAAUAGCAAACACGGAGAAACAUAUCGAUUAGUUUUUUAAAAAAUCAGAAAAAUCAUGAGUUGCAAUGGUUGUCGCGUUCUCCGUAAAGGCUGCAGCGAGAGCUGCAUCCUCCGUCCUUGUAUCCAAUGGAUCCAAUCCGCCGAAGCUCAAGGCCACGCCACCGUAUUUGUGGCUAAAUUCUUCGGCCGUGCCGGUUUAAUGUCAUUUAUCUCCGCCGUACCGGAAUCUCAGUCCCCUGCUUUGUUUCAGUCUUUGCUCUACGAAGCUUGUGGGAGAACUGUGAACCCGGUGAACGGCGCCGUUGGGUUGUUAUCAACGGGGAACUGGAAUGUUUGUCAAGCGGCGGUUGAGACGGUUCUCCGCGGAGGUUCUUUGAGACCUAUCCCGGAGCUUCUUACACGUGACGGCGGUUCCGACGAAGCUUCCGAGAUCUGCAUGGACAUUUUGAAUGAUUCCGGUGACCGGAAAAGUUACCACCACUGCCGUUUUUCGACCUCUGGAUCAAGAAAGACGGUUUCUCCGCCGAAAAGGAAACGUUUAGCGUCAGAACAACGACGACCGUCGUCGGAGCUAGGUCUCUCUCUAAUAUCUGAUUUUCCGGUUAAAAAGAUGCCGGUAAAGGAGGAAACGUGUCGACCUGAAACUCCGUCGAUACACUCCGAGGAGUCUGUUGCAACGGUGUCGUUUUCGAAUAUUACGGCCGGCGGAGGAGAGACGACAAAACUGCUCAACCUUUUCACUUGAACGACUAUGUUUUGUUUCUGGGGGUUAAGAUGUCAUUUUGUUGACUUUACCACUAUUGUGGGUUAAAUGUUUUUGGGAAAAUGGGGAACAUCGGCAAAAUACGUUAUUUUUUUCUCUAAAACAGUAAAACUUAUUUAUGACAAAAUUAAUUAAUAAGGUAAUUAAUUGAGAGAAUAAUGAUAACUCGUCGGUGUACUAGUGUACUAAUUUUUUCUUCUUCUCAAUCAGCAUUAUCAUUAAUUUCGAUUUAUAAGAUAACGAAAAUAAUAAUAUGUACGAUGUACGAUAAAUGAAAUGAGUGUUACUCCUAGUAUUAAUUUACUUCUUUGUAUCGAUGUAUAUAUGUAACAUUUAAUAAUCAAC